UUUCGAGAUAGUGAUGAAGUGUAACAGCAUUUUCCGUUUUCUGAUCCAUGUGUUUUACUUCAUAUAAUAUUGUAAUUAUAAAGAAUUAUCUUGUUUUUAAAUAAUUGUUUGUUGGUAAAAAUGUAUAAAAACAAAAAAGAUGUUGACAUACACGUGGAAAAACUAAUGUCGAAAUUAUCGCUGAAAGAUUUCAAAGCCAGAGCAUACUCGAUCGCGCGGUUAUAUUUUGAAGUGGGCGACUACGGAAGCUGCCAAAAAUAUGUGGAACAAUACCUUACCCACAAAGCUAACAAUGCAGCAGCCCACAAACUUCUCGGCCAAACUUUUCAAAAAAUGGGAUUCAAAGACAGAGCUUUUGAAGAAUUUAAAAUUUCACUUGAUUUAGAUCCAGCUCAGACAAGUAUUAUUUUAGAUAUAUGUGCAAUCCUAGUUGAUGAUGAUACUAGUAUUGACGCUGGAAGAGCAAAGUACUGGUGUGAAAAAGCAGAAGCAACAUUUCCAAAACAUCCAAUUACAUUUAAAUUAAGAGAAAAACUUCUUACCAUUGCUAAUCCUGAUCCUGAAGCAUUGACCAAACUUCUAACGUCAGAACUCUUGGCUAGGCCUAAAGAUGCAGUUCUACAUUUUCGCUUAUUGAAGCAUUAUUUGGAUACCAAUAAAAUGAAGGAAGCAUUUGACCAUUGCUGUAAUGUGGAGUUUGCAAAACCACCAUUUUUGAAUAACUUUGCAUGGUAUGAAACCAUGUCUGAAGUUCUCAAACGCAAUUCCAAUAAGAGUAAUGAUUGGUUAUUUCAACUUCUAUUACUGACUGUCAAGGAGAGGCUUUGUACACUGAGUCUCACGGAAAUACCACAGGGUCAGUGCAAAAGUCUAAUUGAAUCUAGAGAACUUCUUAAUGACUAUGAUCAAUCAAUUGCCAGUGUAACAAAAGCUGGUCCUACACCAGGGUUAGCUGAAUUUCAUACUAGUCUAUUACAACAUCACCGUGCCCAAUUCUCAUUCCUAGCAGCAACUUUUAUACUGAAAAAAGCUAAAAAAGAUCAAUUGAACUGGCAUGAUGCUACAAAAUUAUCUUCAAUAUUAAUGCUGGUUUCAUGGCAAUCAUCACCUAUAAGUCCCAAUGUUAAUUGGCUUACUGGUGCAUCAGAAAAACAAAGAAUAGCUGUAUUACGAUGGUUCCUUGAAGGAACUUAUAGGUGUUCACAAUCUGGUUACUUCAUCUUUGCUAACCACCAGGAUAAAACCCAGUUAUUUUUAAAUCAAAUAUCCCAAUUUUGUUCUGGAAAAAAUUGGAAAGAUAAAAUUUAUGACAACUUAUUUGCUAGUGGAGACAAAAACAAAGCAGAGUCAUAUCUCACAUCUAAUUUCUUUAAUGCUCCAGCAUUAAGACUUCCUAGAAAAGUAGAAAUACAAGGAUAUGAUAUUGAUGCUCAAAAACAGUAUCCAAAUUCACUACACCAUUUUGUGUGGAUAUUAAUAAAUUACAAUGACUUUGCUGAUUUCAAAUGUACCAUAUUUGAUAUGCUUAAACCAACAAUGACAACUUGUGGUCCAGAGACCCUAAACAAGUUAGACAUUUUAGCUUUUCUAUACAGUGCUGCUAUAACUGCUCAAAAGCAAAAAAGUAAACUUAAUUAUAUUCCAGCUGAUGCUCCAGUUAUCAUACCGGCCAAUAUAACAGACCUGCUCUGCUCACUGCCACAGAUUAAGUGGUGGGAUUGUGCAUAUAAAUUCAGUCAAAAUGAACUGGGUACUGAGUAUACAGAUAUCCGUUCAACACUAACCAGAGGAAUUGAGGUUGUAAGAUGUAUUGACAACCAUGGCCUAGAUCCUGAACUGUUAUGUACCCUUGGACGUAUAUUUGAUAAACUGUCUCAACUUGCAUCACUUGAAGAGAAAAAUGUAUAUGAAUCUAGGGCAAAAUUAUAUUACACUUCAGCAAUACCACUUUUAGAAAAGUUGAAAAGUAAAUCUGUUAUCAAAUUACCAGCACAGAGAUUAUUUGAUUAUACACACAAAGAAUUUGAUAAUAAAGGUUUAAAUAUACUAUUACAAGAGAGUAAGCUUUUUGUAGCUUUAAGCCAUUACAAUGAAUGUGAGUAUGUAAAAGCUAUUGAAAUAUUAUCUGAUUUAACUACUGCAGAUAGUUUUUAUUAUCUUAGUGAAUCAUACAAAAAACUGGCAGAUGAAGAAAAGAGCACAUCAAGAUUUAACGAAAUUAAUUCCAAAUAUGCAACAUUAUUAGAUAAAGCCAAACUUUAUGCUUACAAAGCACUCGAAACAAUUAAGGAAAAAGAAUCUUAUAAAACAUUGCCAUUGUAUUCAUACAUCCAAGGCUUAAUUGAAAAUACAGAAUCUAGUCUUGGCAAGAUAGACAAAAAUUUAUCAGUUUCGCUUUUGAAUGAUGGCGAUAGAAGAUAUUCUUCUGAUGAGAAUGUAUCUGAAAUUGAAAAUGUUCCUUUAGUCUCCAAAAGUAUUUCUCAAUUUAGUCGCAAUCUAAGUUCUACUCCAAAACAGUCAAGUAAACAGUUAUCAAAUAUGAAUUCAACAAAUUAUCGUACAGCUUUAGAUUCGCAAGUUUUCGACAACACUCAUAUUGAUCCGCAUCUGCUUGAUAGAAUUGAGAAACAGAUAAAAAAUCUUCAAAAAAGAGACUCGACUAUAGAUGAUUUUAUGGAACAAACAAAGAAUUGGUUUGAUGAAAACAGAAAAUUAGGAAAUCAAAUUAUAAAUACGAUUCAUUCAAAUAUAGAAAAUACUACGGAACAAUUUAAGCUUCUAAAAAUAUCAGUUGACCAAGUUAAGGAUCAAGUUUCUGAAUGUAGAAAUGAAUGUAAAGAUGUUGCUGAUUUGAAAAAACAAAUUGCUGAACUUAAAAAGGAAGUAAACAAGUUGAAGAAAUCAUCUUCAGAACAGACCCUCAACGAAAGUGAUCUUUAUAACCUGGAUGAGGAAUACAGGGCAAAUGAAAAUGCGUCUACUUUCGGGAAUCAGAUGCCAUUUGCUACACCCCAAGUUAUGCCUCCAUUCACGCAAAGACUAGUACCCCCAUUUCCAGUACCACCUAAUCCAUAUCAUUUAUAUGGUCAAAAUCUUUAUAAUCUAUAUAAUCAAUACUCUCAACUAACCCAAAAUUCUUCAGUCCCUGGUGCACCAACCAUGUUCGAUCCAAACAGAGCUCCAGUGAAUUAUCCAGGUGUUUAUCAAACUCCUGACCAAAUGUACCUUGAUGUUUCUCAGUUGAUUCCACCUACAAUACCACCUACUCCUGCUGUAGUUCAACCCGUUCCUAAUGUACCUCCUAUAUCAAAUGUUUCAUCAACAAUAGCAAAUUCUGCAUCAAUUCCUUCUAGUAAGGUUAUUCAACAAGUUUCGGAUGUUAAAACUUCCUCUCGAACAUUGCCUGUGAAUGUAGUGAUAACAUCUUCCGAUCCACUGCCUACUACCUCUGCUCCUGCACCAAUACUGAGUGUGACAAUACCUCAAAAACACAUAAAAGGAACUCCACACAACUAUCAAAUCCCAAUGCCUAUUAAUACUGAAACUAGUUCAGCAGCUCCACCAGUUUUUAAUUUUCCAUCAAAUACUAAAAUGACAACACCAAAUAUAACUACAUCUACUUCAAGCAAUAUUCUUUCAAGUUGGAAUAAGCCAGGUACUUUAACAACAAACCAAAAUACUAAUUUCUUAGGCCUGAAUGAUUCUUCCAAGUCAGCAGGCGAUGGGAUAUUUACAUUGUCUUCGCCAAAUACUAGUUUAAAUAAAUCAAGGACAUUAUCUGAAAGGAGCAAUACCUCAAUAGAAAAUUAUGAUCCUUGUCCAGAUUUUAAACCAAUUAUACCAUUACCAGCUGAAGUUAAAGUAACUACAGGUGAAGAAAAUGAGACUGCAAUAUUUUCUGCUCGUGCUAAAUUAUUUAGAUUUAUAGAUAAGCAAUGGAAGGAAAGAGGUAUAGGGGAAAUGAAACUUCUCAAACAUAAUGUCACAGGAAAAGUAAGAGUACUAAUGAGAAGAGAACAAAUCCAUAAGAUUUGUGCUAACCAUAUAAUCAUACCUGAAAUGGAAAUCAAACCUAUGAAAAAUGAAACUAAGGCAUACUUUUGGGUUGCUAAUGACUUUGCAGAAGAAACAGUUAUCCUAGAGAAAUUCUGUAUAAGAUUUAAAUCUGUUGAGAUUGCACAAAACUUUUAUGACACUUUUGAAAAAGCACGAAUUGAAAGUUCAGCUAUUGCCGGCAGUGUUACGAAAACAAAUGAAGUAACUAAAACCACAACUACCACAACAGUGACAAAAACUGAAACAAAAUCUGAGACAAAGGAAUCACAACCAACAAAAACAGUAAUUGGAGGAUUUACAUUUAGUACUACACCUUCAUUUAAAACAGUUACAGAAACUGCAAAAGAGGAAACAAAAACAGUAGAACCGGUGACAACCAAGGUUAGUGUCUUCAGUGGAUUAACAUUUAAACCAGCAAAUAGUUCUCCAUUUACCAACGCUUUCAGUUCAAUAUCUAACCAAAAAACUGACACACCAAAAGACGAAGAAGCAUCACACAAACUAAAUACUUCAGAUACUAUUGAGGAAUUUGAACCAACAGUUGAUUUUAAACCAGUUGUACCUUUACCAGCUUUAGUUGAUCAAAAGACAGGGGAAGAAGACGAAAUAAUAUUAUUUGAGCAUAGAGCAAAAUUGCUAAGAUUUGAUGCAAGUAAUAAAGAAUGGAAGGAACGUGGUUUAGGAAAUAUAAAACUAUUGGUCCAUAAAGAUAAUAAUCAAAAGUUACGCUUGCUUAUGAGAAGGGAACAAAUUAUGAAAGUUUGUUGUAAUCAUGCAGUUACAAAAGAAAUUACUUUCCAAAAGAUGCCGAAUAUGGAUAAAGCUGUUACAUGGUGUGCCAAGGAUUUUUCAGAUGGUGAAUUAAUACCAGAAACUUUCUGCUUACGCUUUAAAAACGUGCAAAUUUGUGAUGAUUUUAUGGAUGCUGUAAAAACAGCACAAUCUCGAUUAGGUGAUGAUAUGAAAGCUGCUAAAGAAGAAAAGAAUAUUGCCCAACAAAAUAACCAAAGUGGAUUUGGUGAUCAAUUCAAAUUAAAACCAGGAUCAUGGGAAUGUACUGCAUGUUAUACAAAUAAUUUAGAAAGCUUUACAAAAUGUGCCUGCUGUGAAACACCAAAACCCCAAGAUAUUAAAGAAAAUGUUAAUUCCACAUGGGGUGAUAAAUUUAAAGCAAAACCUGGGACUUGGGAAUGUAAUCAGUGUCUUAUUCGUAAUCAAGGCGAUGGCGUAAAUUGCAUUGCUUGCAAUAGUCCUAAAGAGCCGCAUUUAACUAAGGCUGACUCUAAUCUAAUAAAAGAAAAUGUUCCAAAAUUCAAUUUUGGUAUAAAUCCUCAAGUGUCAACUACAAAAGAAUCAGUUCCCAAUAAGCCAAUAGCAUCUGGGUGGGGUGAUAAGUUUAAACCCAAAGAAGGUUCAUGGGAAUGUAAACAAUGUUUUGUUAGAAAUGAAAAAGAUGUUGAAACAUGUCCAGCAUGUAAUAGUUCAAAAGACCCAGGCUCUAGCAGUACUGAAGUCAAAUCCAUAUUCAGUAACACCUCUACCCCAAAAUAUACUUUUGGCAUACCUCAAAAGUCCAAUGAACCAAAUAAUGUAUCAACAUCCUCACUUUUUAACGCAAAUGCUUCCCAGACAUUUAAGUUUGGUAUUUCGCCUAACAGUGAUUUCAGUAUUAAGGCAUUUGGUGAUAAUUCAAAAAAUUCUGUAUUCAGUGAUGUUCAAGCAAAUAUUAAUUCAAAUAAAAAUGAAAAAGACCUCCCUGCUCAAAAACCAGCUUUAUUACCAACACCUUCAAAUGCAAUCACAUUUGGAUCAAAAGAGGGUGGUACAUUUGAUUUUGCAUUUAAGCCCAAGUCACCUGUGAAAGGCAAGAGUCCUCUUAAAUCUCCAAAAAGUAUUAAAGGGGAAGAAAGUGGAGAUGAUGAAUAUGUGUCAGAAGAUGAAGGAGCCCAUAUUCAUUUCAGUCCUGUAAUUCCUAUGCCUGAUAAGGUUGAAGUUGUAACUGGUGAAGAAAAUGAAGAAGAACUAUAUGGUCAUAGAGCAAAGUUAUUCAUAUUUACUGCAAGCGAGUGGAAAGAACGUGGUAUAGGAAUUGUUAAAAUAUUAAAACAUAAGGACAGUGGCAAGUUGAGGAUUGUAAUGCGCCGUGAACAAGUUCAUAAAAUUUGUCUCAAUCAUGUUUUAUCUCCGGAUGUCAUUUAUAAGCCAAAAGAUGAAAAAACAUGGCUGUUUGCAGCCAAUGACUAUAGUGAUGGAGAUUUGCAACUUCAACAAUUUUGUCUUAGAUUCCAAAAUAAAGCUAUUGCACAGCAAUUUAAACAGGAAGUUGAUCAAGCUAUCAAAAAUAAAUAUGGUGAUGUAGUAGAAAACAAAGAUGUAGUUAUAAAAGAGGAUGAGGUAAUUUUUGUAUCUGAAAUACAAGCAUCUUCUGAAGAAAAGCAAAAGGCCAAAGAACUGAUGUUACCAGAAAACUUUUAUACCUACAAAAAUAAAAGCCCAUGUGAAGGUUGUCGAGGUUGUGAAGACGACGAUGAAAAAUCGGAACAAGCAGUAAAAUCUCAAUCGCAAUCUGACGAUUACAACAAGGAUGAAGCUGACGCAACAACUCCUAUAAAAUCAUCAGUUGUUAAUUUAAGAAGUAGUUCUAGUAGCUAUGGUACUCCCUUAGCCUCUAACAAGACAAUGGAUAACUCUAUUUUCCAAACACCGUUAGGAAACACAGGUCCCUAUAAUGAAAAUAAUUCACCCUCUACAUUGCAGAAUGCAUUAACUGGAAACAAACUUAACAUGUUUGGUGGGCUUUUUAAAAACCAACCUUCCACAGACUUAACUUCUAGUGAAAGUAGUGUAAUUAAACCAGUAAAUUUUGUCAGUGCUGGCUUUGUACAGACUCCUACUACUGGUACAAAAAGCUCUAUUUUGGCCGCUCCUAAGUUUAACGCUCUAAAUACCACUGGAGAACAACAGAACACUGCACCGAAAGUAUCAUUUGGUUCUGCUGAACCCAAAAGUUUGUUUGGGUCAUCCGAGCCAAAAAAUUUAUUUGGUUCUGCAACAGGAAAUGUACCAACCAGCUCACAAAAAAGCAUCUUCUCUAACUCGGGCAUGUCAACAAAUACAUCGAUAUUUAAAGCUACAUUAAAUAAAAGCAAUGAACCAAAUGAUUCUGAUGUAAAAUCAGUAUUUUCUGUUGAUGAACAAAAGCCAAUUAAUUUGUUCAGUGGAUCAUCACAAGGAAGUUUAUUUGGUCCAACGGUGCUAAAAACAAACGAAACCAAACCUUCAGGUGGAAUAUUUGGCCAAUCUUCUACUUUUUCAUUUGGUAAUUUAAAUCCUAAUGCUCAAGAUGCUACCAAGUCUGCAACUAGUGAAAAAUCGUCUAUAGCUCAUAACCUUUUUAAUACCCAAGAAAAAGGCACUGUUGGGGCAAAAAGUUUAUUUGCAGCAGCAAAUUUGGACACAAAACCUAUUAAUAAAUCUGAUAACAAUGGCCAACCCAAAGAAGCAUUAAAGAUACCUGAUGUUUGCUUGUCAUUUGCAGAAUUAUCUUCGAGUACAAGCGAAUUUGCCAUUCAAAAAAAAGCCGAUUUUAAAUGGGAAGGUGCUGGGCAACAGCUUUUUGUUAGUGCAUCAGGCAAAGAGGAGGGUAAAAGUGGUAAUGAUACAGCCGAAAAAUCUAAUACGAGCGCCACUGGCGAAGAUGAAUAUGAUCCGCACUAUGAGCCCAUAGUUCCACUGCCAGAUAAAAUUGUUGUUACCACUGGGGAAGAAGACGAGGAAAAAUUAUUUGGCGAACGCUGUAAAUUAUACCGCUUCGAUGAAAAAACUCGUGAAUGGAAAGAACGUGGUAUUGGGGAAAUGAAAAUAUUGUAUCAUCCAGAGAGAAAAACAUAUCGUUUGCUACUCAGACGGGAACAAGUGCACAAGGCGGUAUUGAAUAUGUUGCUAUUCAUGGACCUGGAGCUAUUUCCUAUGAAGAAUUCAGAUCGUGCGUGGACGUGGGCUGGUCGUAAUUACGCAGAUAGCGCGGGUGAACAGGAGACUCUUGCUGUGCGUUUCAAGUCUGUUGACUUGGCCACUAAGUUCCAGGAAAAAGUACUUGAAUGUGUUCGGAAACUACAAGUAGCUGCUGCUGAAGCUAUACGCAAAGAGAAAGAAGCAAAUGAAAACCCCGUCGGAGGUAUUGCCCCACUUAGACUUCCUAAGCAUCUACAGGACAGUGCACGAGCUGAUAAAGCAAUGUCUUCAUUGAGUUCGGCUUUUGGUCAAUCCAGUACGACUUCGCAAAAUAGAGAUAGGAGUACAGAAAAUGACAAUAAACAAAAUGGUAUAUUUCAAAGUUCGGAUUCAAGUGCAGGCCUUAAACAAGUGCAUUUUGAAGAACAACAGGAACAAGAUGAGGAUGAAGAAGAUUAUGAACACGAUUAUGAUGAACAUGCUGGUGAUUCAGAAGAUUAUUACAAUGAAGAAGAGGAGGAAGAGUCAGCGGUGUACUACGCGUGCGACGGCGAGGUGGCUAUCGAGGAGGAUGGCGCGCAGAGCACGUGCAAGGACGCGCACGUGCAAGUGCUGUUCGACAACGACGUGUGCUCGCCCAAGAUACUCGUCACCGAUUCCAAUACCGGCGAAAUACUCGCCGACAUGCUUAUACACACCGAUACAGAGUUUCAGAUUAUUGGUGACACAUGCUCUUGGUCAGGUAUAGAUUACACAAGAAACACGCCGGCUGACAAGAAGGUUACUGUCUAUUUUCCCGAUAGUGAGACUACAAUGGAAUUCUAUGAUAGUUGUGAGACCAGUAAAGCGUCCACCUAUGUAUCAAAUGAUCCCGAGUCUUAAAUAUUUUAGCGUAGUUUCUGUCUUGUAUAAUUUUAGCUAUGUAAUUCGACUAGUUGUAGUAUUAUAAAUAAGGGUUGUGAAGUUCGGUGUAUGUCUUGUAGUAAAGUAUUAUGUUUUGCUCGAAGCGUGUUUUUUUUUAUUUUUGACAAAUGCGGAAAAUCUGUGUGUCUUUUUUUUGAGGCGUUAUAGAAAUUUAUUAAGUAGCAAGCUGCAGUUGAUUUUUGUACAGUUCUAAAUAUUAUUUUCUCUGCUUUCGUAUUUUAAUAAUAUCUUGCCCAGUGUUUAUUGCUAAUAAAUAAUAAUACAAUUAUUUUCAAUUUCAAUCAUUGCAGCUUGAUUAAACAUUAGUUUUGACAAUCAGUGUAAUAUUAUUAUAAUUGUUAAUUGUAAUAUCAUAUCUCUCCAAUCAAGCAUAUUUUUCAUUUAUCAACAAGAAGAUCUGAUCAAUGUUUGUUGAUUUUUCCUUUAAAAGGAAAUAUUUAAGUAUCUAAUGUGAUGUUAUAAAUUAAUAUUGUGUAAAUUAUUAUUAUUGAUUUUAUUGGUCAGGUCUUUUUGAUUAUUUUAUAAGUACAUACUUGCAAAAAUAUGUUGAUUUCCAUGUGCAUUGAACAUCAAUUUCGUGAAAUAAUCAUGGUGGCAAAGAGAGGCUCGGAAUUUGAACGAUAACAUGAGAAAGUAAGUUCCGGGUGACAGAUAUACAAGAUUUUAUUAUCAAAAACAAUAAUUGUUAACUACAUACGCAAGGCACAUUUGAGGAAUAUUUCCUUUUCUCGUUUGAAUUGUAAAUUAUGCUACUUAUUAUAUUAACUGCAAUAAAAUACUUAAUACGAA